AUGCCGAGCUUACCCCCAGGUCGAGCAGGAACAGGGCGUCCUCUAUCAGCGGGGCAACUAUGCUAUACAGUUUCGCAGGAGAAGCCGCCAGCAGUUUGCGUUUCACACCAAUCGGCACGAUCUGAGAAGCAUGCGAACGAUUUUCUGGGUGCGCCAACCUACCUUGAAAAAAUUGUUCGCCGACGAGGUGUUGGCCAGGAGCUUCGCCCUGGCGAACUGCGGUAUGUCGUCAAGUUUGUCGAGGACAUCGCAGAGCAUCGGCUGUAUUUCCGUGACCUGGAACAUGGAAAUCAUCUUUUCCGCGAGUGCGGUGAGUCUGGAUCGUUUUUGCUGGGACAUGAGUCAUUCAACAAACCGUUCCUCGUUAUCCGCCGACUUCUUGAUGAGGGUGGAAAGCAGUUUGGAGAGGUGUUUCUCGAACACUUCCUUGUAGGUGACAUUGGCAGGUACGCCAUUGAGUUUUAG